AUGUCAUCAAUUGAUCAAUCAAAUAAAAAAAGAAAAGUUUUGACUUGGGGUGAAAAAAAACAACUUUGUGAAUUUAAUGAAAGAAAUCCAUCAUUCACAUAUAAAGAACUUGGCCAACAAUUCAGAAUUGCAGAACCUACUGUUUGCAAGAUUUUAAAAGAUAAAGAUAAAUGGUUAUCUAUCAACCCCAAUGAUACCAACAGACAAAAAGAUAAAGCUGCAAAAUAUCCUGAUCUUGAAAGUGCAUUGAUGAUAUGGUUCAAUCAAGCAAGUUCAGAUAAAAGAGUAAUUACAGGCGAU